AUGUUCCACACUCGGAACGAAACUGGCAGAGUAAGAGCUUCAUCAAUCGACAGUGAAGGACGUUCUCGUCCAUCAACACCAGAAGGAUCGAUUCUAUACGAUCUUCUGACAACCGGGAGAUCAAAAGCUUCCGGAAAUAGCUCUGCUAGUCAAGCUGCCUUCAAAAAUACCCUCGACGAGUCGAUCAACUAUCUGAUCCGAAAAUGCACCUUCCUGAAAAUCCCCUCCCCGAACAACUUCAACUCAUCCGCCGUGACUGGCUCUGCGUCUUUCUUAUCAAAUGCGCUCUCUCUGGUCUGA